UUCAAGAUCUGAGUUCAUUUCAGAGCACAAUAAGCAUGCAAACAGAAUCCAUCAUAUAACUGCAUCACCAAACCAAUCUAAUUCCCUACCCUUCGCUGCCCCUCUUCCUUUUUAGUUCUGCGAAAAAUGAGAACUUCAGUCUCUUCACUGUCCAUUCUUCUUCUUUACACCCUCCUCCUCUCAGCUCCUUUACCACUAACCCAAUGUGGUGAUCUAGUAGACAAGAUAUGCAAGAAGACACCCUUCUACGACCUUUGUGUCUUGUCUUUACAACCAAACUCAGGUACUGAUGUUAAAUCUCUAGCCUCUAAAAUGGCUAAUCUCGUCUUGUCCAAUGUGACCGAUACCCUGAAUUUCAUCCAAGGCUUAGUUAAACAGGAAACUGGGACAUCAUUAGAGAGGCCACUGGCUGAAUGUGCGGAGUUGUACAUACCAGUUGUCAAGUACAAUCUUCCUCAAGCCAUUGAUGCUUUGAUUAGAGGAAGGUAUGGAUUUGCCAAUUAUGUUUUUUCUGAUGUUUCCAAACAAGCUGAUGCUUGUGAAAAACACUUCUCGGGUGAGAAUGAAUCACCAUUGACUGAGAGGAAUAAACUUAUCAGCAAUCUUUCUGAUGUCGCGGUAGCCAUUAUCAAUAUAUUGCAGAAGGGUUUCUGAUUAUGUUCUGCCUUCUUAUUGUGGUUACUAGAUAGUGUCUGUUUUCGUAUGUAGCAGUUCUCUUCAUUGCUGGACUAAAUUAGUGAGAGUCCUUCAGGUCUGUAUCUAAGUUUUUGUACUUGAAGCAGCAGUUCAGUUUGAACCAGUGAAGUAUUGGCAUCUUUAAUCUUUUAUUAUUA